UCUGCAACUGCAUGCAUGUAUUUCUUGGUGGAGGUGCACCCACACUGCCGUCAGAACAAGCUAAGGGCAUUUUGCAGGGAGAAAGGAAUCCAGCUUUGUGCAUUCUCACCGCUAGGUGCCAAGGGCACGGCAUGGGCUAACAACUCCGUCAUGGAGUGCCCUGUCCUCAAGCAGAUAGCCCAUGAAAAGGGCAAGACCGUCGCCCAGGUGUGCAUUAGGUGGGUGUUUGAGCAGGGAGAUUGCGUCAUCGUAAAAAGCUUCAACGAGAAGAGGAUGCGAGAGAACCUCGACAUAUUCGGCUGGGAGCUCACGGAAGACGACCGUCGCAAAAUCAGCGGCCUCCCAGAAUCGAGAGGAACCUUCGAUUUCUUCGUCCAUGAGUCCGGGCCUUUCAAAACCGCCGAAGAGUUUUGGGAUGGUGAGAUCGUUGCUGGCCAAUCCACUAACCAAGUUGCUGUCCGUUUGGAUCCGACCAGCUUACAGUAAACUGGAUUUAAAUUAAAUGGAUUUCAUCUUGAUCGGUGACGAUCUUCUCUCAGUCGAGUUCCAUCGAUCUAAUUCUAAUUAAGUUGGAUUUCCAGCAAGAAUAAUAUGGAGAUAAAUAUAUAAUUGCAAGAAUGGUUCUCCCAUGUAUCAACGGCAUCUUCCUUCACUAUUACAUGCGGUUCGCAACUCCUUUGUACAGGCGGAUUGAUAAACCGCCAGUGACUAUAGGCCUGUGGAAAUAAAUGUUUCCACAUGCGGUUAAAUGAGAACCGUCUGUAGGCGGUUCGGUUAUGUGAAUAUACAUGCAAUUUAACCCAAUUUUUAAA